UAUUGGAAAACUAUACAUGGAGAGGCGUGUUCCUUUGGAUCGCUGCAAUGAAUUUACAUAAAUGCAUAUCAGCUUGCCUGGUUUCCUCUAAAUUUGGCUGCGAAGAUACGGAAAGCAUUACAUCUUUUAAAGAUUUAAAGAAAAAUACACUUCAGUUGGACAUAUUUAAAGAUACUCGUUUUGUAGCCUUGUGUUUUGUCACUUUCAAUAUUGGUAUUUGUGAAAUGAUAUAUUUCUUGGAGGCUAUACCGUUAGCAAGAGAAAGUAGCAUUGGCCACCUUGAUUCAACUUUUAUAAUGACAAUUUUCACUGCAGGAAGCAUUAUCUGCAGAUUUAUACAAUGCGUACUACCUGGAAAAAGCACUCGGUUUUUAUUGAAUCUUUUUGUUUUUUCGCAAUGUAUUGAAGCAGUAUCGUUCUAUAUGCUGUCUUUGGCACGCGGGUAUUGGGCGUUCGCUGUAGCAUCAUUUAUACAUGGCACAGGUGCUGGACUACAAUGGAGUCUCUUAUAUUACUUCUCAGCAAAACUAUUCAACCUGCGUAAAUCCACAGUUGCAGUUGCUUGGUGCGCGACAAUUGCAGGGAUAGCAGAAACCACGGGGGCAAUACAAAAUUUGGUGAAGAAGGAAAGCUACCGUAUUGAUUUUGAAGUAGGUGCUGUAUUUGAAACACUUUCUCUCAUACCUUGUAUUUACGUUUGGAAAACCUACACAGAUUCACCAUAGGACGUGUUAAGACUUCAUCUUCAAGAAGAAUACAUUUAUAGACAGUCUUAUUUUAAUUAUAAAUAGGCCUACCAGAUUUAUGAUUUAAUGAUAAGCGUAUUAUAUUGAAUGAUUUAAACAUGGAAAUGUAAAAUACAAAAAUAUAUUUAGUUUAAAUAUACAAAUACGAAGGAGCAAUAAAACAAAAUACAUCAUUGGCUCGUGUAUAAUGUGACGUCCAUGCUUUCGUUAUUACUAAAUGCCAAAGCAUUUUUUUAAACACAAUCGAUACAAUCUGACUGAGUCUGAAUAAUCUUUUAAAUGUUAAUCUUAAGUUUAAUUUUAUAUUCAUUAAUGACGUAAAUGAUGAUUUGUCCAAUCUUAAAAUAGAUAAAGCUACGGCUUUGAAUGGGAUCAGCCCAAAGCUCCUUAACGCAGCUGCACCAUGCAAAACAAUUUGCUAAAAUUUCUAAUUAUUCUAUUGCUCAUGGUAAGGUCCCAUCUGAGUCUCCUGAGUAUAUAUGUAUAUAAAAUCUACAUUUAAAAAAAUGUAUACAAAAACCCCAAAACUCAUCAAUAUAUAUCUAAAUUCAAUUAUUAUGCUUAAAAUGAGGGUUAUGAUGAUGGUAAUUAAAAUCUUAAUUAUUUUCUAUAUAGUAAUUUAAAUUUAUAUUAUAGUGCAUUUUCUUUGCUUUGUUGUUUUCCUCCUCCACAUCGCACGGAGAGCGACAUCACAGUUUAAAUUUAAUUUACUUUCUUUGUUUAAUCCCGCCGGCCCCUGUGAUGUGAAGAAUCAGGGACCAACAUUCUUUGUAUCUUUAUUGUUUUUCCGACUGCUUUAUCUUUUAUAUUGUAUACGGCAAAAUAAAUGAAAUGAAUGGAAGCUUGAUAAGGUUAACCUUAUACAAAAAGAUUCACAAAUUAUCUCAUAUCGGCCUAGAAGACGUGGUCCAGCCCUAUAUCAUUUUAGAGUUACCUGUGUUAGUGGACCUACAGUGACCAAAUAUUUGAACUCCAUUUUCAAAUUUCAGUCCAAUCACUUGUGGUGUUCCUCGGGGUUCUUUUGUUACCUUCGCGCCUCCUUAAUUUUAUAUAUUAAUGCUAUUUACUUGACUCCAAUGUUUUUUGUACGCUGGUAACUUCACUAUUUUAAUACCAACCAAAAUAUACGAAUCCAUGUCUCUGUCGCAAUUGCUUGCAGCUAGCAAAGAAAGAAAAGAAAAGAAAGAGUAACAUGUGAAAGCAAAAAGAAAGAAGGGAUUGGAAUUUUAAGAAUGGAUAAUGGGAAGGAAGAAUAGGAAUGGUAAGUUAAACAUUAUCUAGUAAUAAAACAAGAAAACUAGAAUAAGAUGUAACGAAUGAAAAUGAAAGAGGAGAUAAUUGGAAUGAAAGUAAGGUUGAUUUUGAACUGAAUAAUAGUUACAAAAACUCAAUUAAUUACCGUGUAAUCACUAAAAUAAUUAGUGGAAUUGUAAAUUAUUAAUAUAAAUAAUUGAUUAUAGAAGAUUCGAUGCAUAAAACUUGUACUCGUAACUCAUUUUCAAUAUUUAUCGAUCUCCGACGUUUUUCUUUAGUCUGGCUUUUCCUUCUUAUGUAAAGCACAUGGAGUCUCUAUGCAUUGUGCUAUAUAAAUUUAUUAUUAUCAUUUUUAAGGGGUUUUCUGCAUCAGAUAGGCCUACCCACUCUACUCGACUAACCACUCUUCUUCUUGGUCUCAGGAUAAGCAGCAACAAUAAACAAAAACAAUUUCAUACACCAAUUAAAAUCUUUGCAAGCACGAUUUUGUUUACAAUUUUUAUUCAGUUAUUUCUGUAUCUGUUAUAGGUCUUAUAAGCGGGCACAUUUACUAAAUCUGUACCCAGGGGUAACGACCUAUUAAUAUGUAACGGGUCUUUCACCGUGUGAAAAGUGUUUUGAGACAGAAUGGGAGACUAGUACAGAAAAAGAUGACUACCCUUUAUUAUUCUUU